AUGUUUUGCUUUCUUUCUUUAUUUUCCGCAUUCGUUUUCUUUCUUUCUUUCUUUCUUUCUUUCUUUCUUUCUUUCUUACAUUCGUCUAUUUUCCUUUCAUUUGUACUCUCUUUUUUCUUUCUUGAAUUUUUCUUUCUUUCUUUCAAGCAUUCUUCUCAGAUUUUCUUUUCUAUCAUUCUCGAUGUCUUUUUUUUAUUUCGCAACCAUUCACUCCUCUUAUUUUUCUUUCUUUCUUACAUAGUCUUCUUUCCUUUCAUUCGCCUUCUUCUUUUCUUUCUUCAAUUUUUUUCUUUCACAGCGACUUCUCCGAUUUUCUUUUUUUUCUUUCGUAACUAUUUAUCAUUUUUCCUUUCUUUAUUUCGUGCUAGCCUUUUCUCUUUCUUUCUUUCUUUCUUUCUUUCUUUCUUUCUUUCUUUCUUACAUAGCCACCUUCCCUUUCAGUUGAAUCCUCCUCUUCUUUUUUGCUGUCUUUCUUUCACAACUUCUAAUUUUAUUUUAUUUCUAUAUUUCUUGUUUCUCCUUUUUAUUCCGUGUCCUUGUGCCGUUCGUUCCUUCCUUCCUUUUUACUUUCUUUCACGUCUGCUUCUUCCAAUUUCUUUUUUUUUCUUUCUAUGUUCUCCUUUCCUUUCUUAUUUCUUCUUUCUUUUCUUCCUUCCUUUUUCUUUUUUCUUUCUUUUUUUCUUUCUUUCUUUUUAUCUUUUAAGCUAUCGUUGUUAUUCUAUUGUAUAUUCUAUUUUAAUUCGUGUUCUCCUUUCCUUUCUUCUUUCUUUCUUUCUUUCUUUCUUUCUUUUCUUCCUUCCUUUUUCUUUCUUCUUUCUUUUUUCUUUCUUUCUUUUUAUGUUUGAAGCUAUUCUUUUUAUUCUAUCGUAUAUUCUAUUUUAUUUCGUGCUCCUUUCCUUUCUUAUUCCUUCUUUCUUUCUUUCUUUCUUUCUUUCUUUCUUUCUUUCUUGCUUGCUUACUUGCUUGCUUGCUUUUUUCUUUCUUUCUUUUUUCCGUUUUUCUUUGUCCUUUCUUUCUUUUUUUCUCUUUUCUUCCUCUCUUUUUUCUUUCUUUCACACACUGUUUUCUUGCCCCUUUCUUCCCUUGUUUCUCUCUGUCGAGCUCUAUUUCUUUCUACGUCCUUUCAUACGUAGUCUCUUUAACUUUCUUUCGUGUUCCCUCCUUUCUUUCUUUCUUUCUUUCUUUCUUCCCAUCUUAUCUACACGAUCAGCUCUUUGUCCUCUUCGUCUUUUUUUUUUUCCAAUUGUCAACCAUUACACCACGCCCAUCACCCCAAAUGUCGAACACGCCUUAGCGGGCCUAAUGCAACAUUAG